CUGUGUGGCUGCAAGACUCUGCGUACUGUUUACGGGAGAAGUCAUGUACAAGGGAUCAUUGUAAACCUCAUUUCUACCGUGUUAGCAAAUAUGUGGCUUUGGAGAUUCUUUUUUGGGUGACAGCUCAUGGUAAAGGCGUUGCUAGCUCACUACCUUGAUAUAUAUUAUCAGUUGCUAGAGUCUAACUUGCUACGGUGCAAGUUAUUUACUAUAGUUACUUGACUAUAAUACGAGGCAAUCUUGCUAGCAGCUAACGUUACGUAUAUAUAUCACCUGUCUUCCUGACGCUUUUCGAAAUUGACUGACAGUUUUGAACCGGCAACAACACCACAUUUCGGAUUAAUUGUUGUUUUGUUUCCCUUGUUUACUAACGGGGAAGGAAUUUUACCCACGUUUUGCUUUUUAAUUUAGAACAGUUUCAGUUUAAGGCGAAACAUCUUCAGCGGGGAAUUUUCAUCUUGUCAUUGGGAAAAUGAACACCACCCCCAUGUAUGCAAGUCGUAAGAGGAGAAAGCCAAUUCAGAAAAGUGUAAAGCCCCCUCCUGAAGGAGCGAAAUCCAACCCCUCUAAGAGGCACAGGGACCGUCUGAAUGGGGAGCUGGAGCGUCUGGCCAACCUACUUCCUUUCCCACAGGAUGUGAUCUCCAAACUUGACAAACUGACUGUCCUCAGGCUGAGCGUUAGUUACCUGCGAGCCAAGAGCUUCUUCAAUGUGACCUUGAAGUCCAACAGCUGCCCACGACCAGACAACAAUGGCCUGAAACAGACAGGCGAGGACAUCCUGGAGGGGGAGCUGCUGCUGCAGGUGCUCAGUGGCUUUGUGCUUGUGGUGACAGCUGAUGGGAUAGUCUUCUAUGCCUCUUCUACUAUACAAGACUACCUGGGGUUUCAUCAGUCUGAUGUUAUCCACCAGAAUGUAUACGACCUCAUCCACACUGAAGACAGGCCGGAGUUCCAGAGACAGCUUCACUGGGCUUUAAACCCCACCCUCUCUUCGGAAACGGAAAAGGAAUCCCCAGAUAGCAAAAAUGCAGCGUUGCCGUUGACAUACUACAAGCCAGAGCAACUGCCGCCAGAAAAUUCCACCUUUCUGGAGCGAAACUUUGUCUGCAGGUUAAGAUGUCUUUUGGACAACUCAUCAGGAUUUCUUGCCAUGAGCUUUCAGGGCCGUCUGAAGUUCUUGCAUGGCCAGAACCAAAAGACGAAGGACGGGCUGCCGAUACCGCCGCAGCUGGCCCUGUUUGCAUUGGCUAGCCCCCUGCAGGCGCCCUCUAUACUGGAGAUCCGAACCAAGAACUUCAUCUUCAAAACCAAGCACAAGCUGGACUUCACCCCCACGGCCUGCGAUGCAAAAGGGCAGAUUGUGCUGGGAUACACAGAAGCAGAGCUCUGCUAUCGCGGGACAGGCUAUCAGUUCAUCCAUGCAGCAGACAUGCUGUACUGUGCGGAGAACCACAUACGCAUGAUAAAGACAGGUGAGAGUGGGUUGACGGUCUUCAGGCUCCUCACCAAGCAGAAUGGAUGGGUAUGGGUGCAGGCCAACGCCAGGCUGGUCUACAAGAAUGGCAAGCCGGAAUGCAUCAUCGCUUCUCAGAGGGUCCUCACGGAUGAAGAAGGAGAGGAGAAUCUAAAGAAACGGAACCUCAAGCUGCCUUUCAACUUCACAACAGGGGAGGCUGUCCUGUAUGACACCAGCUUCCCAAAAUCCCUUGAUGAUCUCGCCGCAGGGAACGCAUUGCCCACAGAGGGGGACCCUGUGCAGGGCAAGGUCACGCGGUCACUAGACCCCGACUCCCUCCUGGGCGCCAGGUUGAGACAGGAUGAGUCAGUCUAUGUUUGCGUCCCAGCCCAGAACCGGCUCUCUUUCCAGCAUGACGUGCUGUCCGAUACUGAAGAUGAUCUGGGCAAGAUACUGUCCAGCGAUUGGCAGGAUGACAUUUUGUCACUGUCCGAAAAUGACAUUUUCAGACCGGAACCGAAUGACAGUUCCACGGAGGACAAAAAUGGCGACCUGUUGAGCUUCAUGAAUAGUCUGGGUAUUUGCAGGGAAGAUCUGGAGCUCAUUCAAAAGGAUGAGGAAAUCCUGAAAGUCAGUUUUGAUGAACAGGGCGACAUCAUGGAUGUAACGGAUGAGAUCCUGUCGUACGUACAGGAAUCGCUGAGGAAGACAUCGGACUGCUUUUUUCCGAACGGCGACCUGAGGAAGGCCUCAGGUCAAAGCCCCGGCUGUGUUCAGCAGCCUCAGCAGCCCCAUCCAAUGCCACAGCUACACCAAGGACAGCCAUUGUUACUGCAGCAGCAACAGCAACCACAUCCAAAGCAGCCAAAUCCACAGCAACAUCUGCAUACACAGCAACCGGUUCCACAACAGCAUCCAUAUCCACAGCAACAUGCACAUGCACAGCAACAUCUGCAUACACAGCAAGCAGUUCCACAACAGCAUCCAUAUCCACAGCAACAUGCACAUGCACAUGCACAGCAACAUCUGCAUACACAGCAAGCAGUUCCACAACAGCAUCCAUAUCCACAGCAACUUCCACAGACACCGCAGCCAGUUUUGCAGCAACCAGUUCCACAGCAACAUCCAUCCUCACAGCCCAGUCUACAGCAGUUGUUGUUAUACCCACAGCAGGAAGAGCAGCCGCCGCUGCCAUGGAAGCAACAGCAACAUUUACAACAGCAACGGCAUCCGUCACAGGUACCGGCAGAGCCGCAACUUUCACACGCACAGCAACAGUCGCUACUGAAGCAACAGCAGGGACAUACACCGCCACAGCCGUCACCUCCUCAGCAGCAACAGCAGCAGCAGCUGUGUCACAGGCUGAAGCACAUGCAGGUCAAUGGGACGUGCCCGUCUCUGACACCGCCCGUCUCCACGGUGCCUGCAAACGAUCACCCCCUGCCUUCCCUGUUCCGCAUGGAUCAGAGCCACCCACAGUAUGGACAGCCCUUCCUGGAAAGCUCCUCCUUUGAGCUUCCUUACAGGGGUCAGCUGAACACUCUGUCCAUUGCCUGCGCCCAGGACUUCUCUCCGUACACGCUGGCCGAAGAGCUUCCAGCCAAUGAGAUGGGUGACUUCACCCCCCAAGACCUCGAGGAGCUGAUAGAGGGCUUACAGUCUGGAGUACCAGGGGAGCAAGAAGGUACUGGUGUCACUGUAUGCCAUCCAGGAGCACUACCCAUGUACCAGCGCCUGUCUGAAAGUCAGACGUCUGUCCAGGGACACAGCCAGCAGUUGAACCCCAUGCUGUUCUCACCAAGCACUGUGAGACAGCAGCCUUUCCUAGUUCAGUUUCAGAAUGGCAGCAGUGGGGACAUGAGCCAGACUCUCCCAGAAUCCAGUGGCGGUGUGGAAUGUCCUCAGUCAGGACACCCCCUUCUCCAGCAUCCGGCCGAAAGCACUGUGUACCAAGACCUGACCUCAAGGGGGUUCAUGUGAUCAUGAGCUCAGACUCAUAUUCCAACGCACACAACCCCGACGCCUUGUCCCCCUGAGGGCAGACUGCACGCCCCUGGCACAGCUUGGGCCUGGGCUUUGUGUGCACAUGCAAGAGCUCCCCCACUGUCCACUAGAGCAGGACCGCUCCCACGGGAGACCUGGCGAGGGGAAGGGGGGUCUGUAGAGAGCAUCAAGGCUGAGGAUGUUUCAUUUGGGAAUGAUGCUGUCAAGUUCAUUCAUUAAAAAGAACCCUACAUCCCUGAAUCAGAUACAAGUUCUUUGAUUUCAUUCAGGGAAAAGUAUCAUUCAUUUUUUUUUCUAAAAGAUUGUUUUGGUGUUGUGCACUAAAGUGAACUGAUGUUUGAUUAGAUUUCUUUGCUUUUUGUUAGAAAAGUAAAAUAAUUCUUUUUUUUUCUUAUGGUAGUUUCUUGCACAUUAAACAGGAUUGUGGAAUUAUAGCGCAGUGGUAUUAUAAGUCCGUCUUAUAUCUGACCACACCACUCAGUUUAAUAUUGACAUUGUUUGCUUAAAUAUAAGCAAGUAAAUAUUAAUUCAGUUUGUUUUGACAAAAAUAGAAUGCCUAAGCAUACAGUACCCCCUAACCAUUUAAAGCACAAAUACAGUAGCUGUGAAGACUAUAUGGAUUUUUAAAGCUGUGCAGUUACAAUGGCAUGUGUUUGUAACAAAGGGUUUUGACAUCUCCAAAAAGAGGCCUAUAACAGGCUUUCUUCAUGAACUGUGUUUUAUCAUACAUUUUUGUAGCAUAAGUAACAAACAAACUUGAGCAGUAUUUUACGAUGUGUAAGUGAAAAAUUGCAUAUUUGCUUUUUAUAAAUAUUUGUUCACAGGCCUGUUUUUUUCCAGGUGUACAGAUUCCAAAAAUUUUAUAUAUUUUCAGUUGUAAACAUUUUAUAAAGCACGUAAUUGUGAUGGUCAUUUGAAGUUUAACAUUGAAAUGUCAUUUUAUGGUAGUCUUCUCAGAUUAUACAGAGAUCUUUAUAGAAUUUUGCAACACUUAACUUGCACUGUUGGCAUCCAUUGCAGAAGAAAAAUAAGGUUUUAAGGGCACAGAGGGCUGUUUGGAGGGAAAAAUCUUAAAAAUAUAAUUAGUUUACCUAAGUCAUUAUUUAACAUGUUUAUUUUAUUUCAUCUUGAAGUUUAGUCUCGUCCAUUACACCAAGCACAAACCAAAGAGACAAGAUUAACAAGGCAGGAUUGAUAUACAAAUGUUUGAUAUGUCCAACCAAACACUCUCCCCAAGUUUUAUUAACUAAUAGAAAAGCCCUUGGUGCCUUAAAUUUUCAGUGUUUAUGUCAAGGAAGUCGUACUUAUUAGACAAUGGUGUUACUGGUGUAAUGGUGUAUUUUAACUGAUACGUUCCUGUCCAUCCACACAUCCCACUGGAUGAAACUAUGCACUUAUACAAUCUUGUAAAACAGAAAAUGAAAAUUAUUGCACAUUUAGUGAAACUAUAAAAUAAUCAGACACAUGUAGCACUUUCAAAAUGUGUUUUGUUUAACUGAGCCAGUCUUUCUGUUCAGGAGCAGGGUGGGUUAUUAUAGGCCUUGUUGGUUUAAAACCAGUGACAUGCCAAGAAACCUGAAACCCUUUAAAUAAUUUGAUUUCUUGCAUCAAAGUUUGAAAAAAGAGAUUUAACAAAAAAGUUUUAUAAAGAAAUGUGUUAU